UGUCUUUUACUAAAAAUGUUCCUUUGCUACUUAAGACUGGUUUUGGGAUCCAGUAGAACAUCCAGUUAUUUAUAUUUCAGAAGAAAAACAUGUUACGAUGGAUGGAGGGGAGAAAUUGAAGUCAUAAAUGAUGAAUUGUAUUUUGAUGGAGGCGAUUUGGAGCUGAUGGGGGACGAAAAGGAAACCUGGAAAGUAAAAACGUUAGACGAGAUUUUACAAGAGAAGAAACGGAGACGAGAGCUGGAGGAGAAGAGCGAUCCUAAACGCCAGAACAAUACGGAUGAUCGUGAAUCCAAACGGGAUACUCCGGAGGAAGGGGAGCUACGAGACCAAAGGAUGGAAAUAACAAUACACAAUUCACCGUAUGCGAGGGAAGACUCGACGGAAGACAGAGGAGAGGAAGAUGAAUCUUUGGCCAUUAAACCCCCUCAGCAGAUGGCCAGAAAAGACAAAUCAUACCACAGAAAAGAGGAGAAAAGAAAAGAUAAGAGGAGACGCAGGAGCCAUUCUGCAGAAGGAGCAGGGAAACACGUGCGUGUGAAAGACAAAGAGAAAGAGAAGAGAGACAGUGAGAGAAGGAAGAGACAGUGGCAGGAUGACAACAAAGUAAGAAGAGAUUAUGAUCGACAGAAGCGGAGAGAUCAGGCCAGAGAUCACUCUCGGAGAGAGAGGGAUCGCCUGGAGCAGCUUGAGCGGCAGCGGGAACGAGAGCGAAAGCUCCGUGAACAGCAGCACAAAGAGCAGAGAGAACAGCGGGAGCUAAAGGAGAGAGAGAGAAGAGCCGAGGAACGUCGCAAAGAAAGAGACACCCGCAGAGAAGGGCCCGUGUCUCAUCAUAGAGGGCUUCCCAUUGAAGAGUAUGGGGAUAAAAGUCGUUCUCGGCACCGCAGCCGCAGUCGGAGCCCUGUUCGCCUGCAGAGAGAGCCGAAAGCAGAGAGCAGCGAACAACGGCGAGCAGUGCGGGAGGGGAAGACUGAGGAUAAAGAUCUUCUGGCUGAUCUUCAGGAUGUGAGUGACAGCGAGAGGAAGACCAGUACACCAGAAUCCUCACUGGGAUCUGGAUCUGAGGAUGAUGAUGGUGAGGAGAAUGAGAAUGAGAAUGAGGAGGAGGAGUCCAGCAGUCCGAGUGACGGAGACGAGGAUGGUGAAUCAGUAUCAGACACUGAGGGGUCCGAACAGAGCGGAGUAGAGUUAAGCGAUGAAGACCAGUCAGAGGAGGACGAGGACAGAGAGAAUGGAACUCACAUUCCACCUAUUCCAGGGUCACGGUUUGAUCAUGAUUCAGAGGCAAGCAUUGAGGAAGAGGAGGCAGAGGAAGGUGAGGAGGCCUUAGACGUCACGCCUCAGUCUCCUUCUCAUUCAGCCACUCCAGAAGACAACUACAUCCCUGAAUCGCCUCCCAUCUCUCCCGUCGAGCUGAAGAAAGAGCUGCCCAAAUACCUGCCUGCUUUACAGGGCUGUCGGAGUGUCGAGGAGUUCCAGUGUUUGAACCGUAUUGAAGAAGGCACUUAUGGAGUCGUCUACAGAGCCAAAGACAAGAAAACGGAUGAGAUCGUGGCCCUGAAGCGACUGAAGAUGGAGAAGGAGAAAGAGGGCUUUCCCAUUACCUCACUCCGAGAGAUCAACACCAUCCUGAAAGCCCAGCAUCCAAACAUCGUCACCGUCAGGGAGAUUGUUGUGGGCAGUAAUAUGGAUAAAAUCUACAUUGUGAUGAAUUAUGUGGAGCAUGAUCUGAAAAGUCUCAUGGAAACCAUGAAGCAACCCUUUCUACCCGGUGAGGUGAAAACAUUGAUGAUUCAGCUUCUGAGAGGUGUUCGUCAUCUCCAUGACAACUGGAUUCUUCAUCGUGACCUGAAGACCUCCAACCUGCUACUGAGUCACAAAGGCAUUUUAAAGAUUGGAGAUUUUGGUUUAGCCCGAGAGUACGGCUCUCCGCUCAAACCCUACACUCCUGUGGUUGUCACACUGUGGUACCGUUCUCCUGACCUGCUGCUGGGGGCAAAGGAAUACUCUACAGCGGUGGACAUGUGGUCUGUAGGCUGUAUAUUUGGAGAACUGCUGACCCAGAAGCCUUUGUUUCCUGGCAAAUCUGAGAUUGAUCAAAUUAACAAACUUUUCAAGGACUUGGGCUCUCCCAGUGAGAAGAUCUGGCCAGGUUAUAGUGAGCUGCCUGCGGUAAAGAAGAUGACGUUUACUGAAUACCCCUACAACAACCUCCGCAAGCGCUUUGGAGCGUUGCUGUCCGACCAGGGCUUUGACCUCAUGAACAAGUUUCUGACUUACUGCCCUGCCAAGAGGAUCACUGCGGAUGAAGCACUCAAGCAUGAGUAUUUCCGAGAGUCGCCGCUCCCCAUCGAGCCCUCCAUGUUUCCCACCUGGCCGGCCAAGAGCGAGCAGCAGCGAGUGAAGAGAGGAACCAGCCCGCGACCCCCAGAAGGAGGCCUGGGCUUCAGCCAGCUGGGUGAUGAUGACCUGAAGGAGACUGGCUUCCAUCUGACCACUGCUAACCAGGGCGCCUCCAAAGCCGGUCCAGGAUUCAGCUUGAAGUUCUAAGUGGCCACCGGGCAGCUUGAUUCAGAGCCACGAGCAGUCUUUGAAUGAAUGACAUGAUGCUGAGACUCAUUUGAGAUGAAAGACUAUAGCUCACCGAGCUUCAUCGAGACAGACUCUUUUUUUUCUGGCGCUGAGGAGCCCUUCAUGUUCCUGAUGUUCAACUGACUUACAACACUGCUCUUUUAUCUUUUUUACCAACAGCAAAGUGGAGAACUUGUUAAAUUUUGAACUGUGCUGUCUGUAAUCGUAGUUCUGUGAGAAGGAAGACCCCCAAAACCCGUUUGACACUUAAAUAUGAAAUAAAACUUUUUUUUAAAACAACA